AUGCGCAUCAAGCCCGAUCAGGAUAGAUUGAACCCCGCUGACGUCUUCAAGGAAGGAGAGCCAGAGCCGAAGCCGAAGCCAUCGGUCCCCGGGCGGAGGUUGUACGUGGACGACAUCCUUGUGACCGGUGACACGUGGAAUAGCAUGUGCAACCAUGUCGACAAGCUGGUCGACGGCCGUGAUCAGUGGAACUUGUCGAUCAGCGUGGCUAAGAGCUACUGGGGUCGACACAAGGUAGCAUACCUGGGACCCGAAGUAUCCUCAGCCUGUCUGGAAGCAAAACCGAUGGAACUCGACGCAAUAGUCAAUCGUCUGUUCCCGCCGGGCCAUCUGAUCCGCCAGAUCUCGAUCAUCCAACGUCUCGAUAAAAUGCUCGACGUGCUCGCGACGGGUAACUAG